AUGGGCGACCGCAUAGACUUCGACAUCAACGAUGCCCUCAAGAACUACCUGAGCGACCCGUCCGCCAUCGCCACGCCCGAGGCGCCUGCAGACUUGCAGGACUGCGAAAAUGAUCCCAGUUCACUCACUGCGCCCACCGUCAAUGCCGCCCUCAAUCCGGUCGUCGACGCCGUCGCCGAUAGCCCGGAUGCUAUCACACGCAGCGAGAACUUUGACACCCUGCAGUGUCUGCUGAAGCACGCGUCCUUCCUGCCACCUACCGUGCUCAGCAAAAUCCUCGAUCUCGUGACUUCCGGUCUCUCCGUCGAAGCUGACGCCGUCCACGCCGACCUCGAGGCCGACGAACAAGAAACGGUCCAGCACCACAAGCAGUUACUCGAGCUCUUUGGCUUCCUUCUGCAAUGGACGAUCUCUGCCGUCGAGGCCAAGGCGGCUGAGAAGCCUGCUUCGACUAGCGGUGUUGCCAAAGGGCGCAAAGGGACGAAGGCCAAAUCCGGCUUUGGUAAGGAUGGUCACUGGGACUCCUCCGCCCAACUUACUACGGCAAUGGACGUUAUGAGCAAAGUCCUGAAGCUCAAGCUGGCCAGGAUAUUUGUCACAACUUCCGAGCGUGACACCUUCAUCAGUCUCUUUACCCGUCCGGUCUACCUGAUUCUCGAAAGCGAAGCCAGGGUCAAGAGCGCCACCAUUCGCAUGCACACGUUCAAGGUGUUAUGCAUCGCUAUCAAACACCAUGGACAUGCCUUUGGAGCGCAGACUUCUAUUAUCCAGAAUCUGUCGUAUUUUGAGCACCUAUCCGAACCCAUGGCCGAGUUCCUCCACAUUUUGGCUGACCAAUACGAUCAUCCACAACUGACAGAAGAAGUGCUGCGGGAGUUGAGCAACAAGGAGUUCAACAGCAAUGAUCUGAGGGGUCCCAAGUCCGUUUCCACCUUCGUGACCAAGAUCUCAGAGCUCGCUCCUCGCCUGGUCAUCAAACAGAUGACCUUACUCGCAAAGCUCUUGGAUAGCGAAUCUUACACGCUCAGAUGCGCCAUCAUAGAGGUUUGUGGUAACUUGAUUGCAAUGCUGAGUAAACACGAGGACGAAGAACGCAUCGAACAUACCGAGGGGCAAAUUAGCGUCUUCUUCGACGUACUCGAGGAGCGCUUCUUAGACGUGAAUCCCUACUGCAGAUGUCGUGCCAUCCAGGUCUAUGUGAGGCUCUGCGAUCUUGAGGCGAAAUACCCUCAGCGGAGACAGGCCGCGGCGGAAUUGGCAGCAAGAAGCCUCGAAGAUAAGAGCAGCCACGUUCGGAGAAACGCCAUCAAGUUACUGGGGAAAUUGGUGACAACCCAUCCUUUCAGCGUUCUUCAUGGCGGUCAACUCUCAUUUGAUGACUGGAACGCCCGCCUGCAGAAGGUUGAUGAUGAGAUCAACGCUCUCAAGCCACCGGAGGAGCUGCAGGAGAAAACAACGGUCGACGCCACAGUGGAUGAGAGCUUGCUGGAUGACGCGACUGUGGCCGAUAACCAACCGGCUCCCGAGCCGGCCCCCAUGACAGAAGACGAGAAGAGGGCCGCCGUGGAAAAGGCCAUGGCUGAGGCCGCUACCGCCGACGCCUUGAACAAGCUCCAGCUAACCAGGAAAUACUAUCGUGAUGCAAUUCGGUUCGUUGAAAUCAUCCAUGCCGCUUCGGUACUUGUCAUGCAACUAUUGUCUUCCAAGAACAAGAGCGAAGUUAUCGAGGCUAUGGAUUUCUUUGGCAUCAUCGACGCAUACAAGAUCCAUACCUCCAGGGUUGGCAUUCGGCGGAUGCUGCGUCUCAUUUGGACCAAAGGAAACAGCGACGAGGGCAAGGGCGUCCAAUCGCAUCUGAUUGACUGCUACAAGAAUCUUUUCUUUGAUGCUCCGGAUUCCUUCGACACCAAUACGGCCGCCAACUACGUCGCUCGGAACAUGGUCAGCUUGACUUUCGGCGCCACUCCCGCGGAGCUUACAUCACUUGAACAGCUCCUGAGCACGAUGAUGAAGCAGGGGAACGUAAGUGAGCAUGUAAUUGCCAAGCUCUGGCAGAUUUACGGCGCCCAGAAGAAGGGGAGAGAAUUUUCGAAGAAGUCACGCCGGGGCGCCAUCAUUGUCCUCGGCAUGCUCGCCCUUGCCGAUCCCAAUAUCAUCGUAAAGGAAAUGGAAACAUGCUUACGGAUAGGCUUGGGCGAGCUCGGCAGCAGAGACCUCGGGCUUGCUCGAUACACGUGCGUAGCUCUGAGACGCAUCAAUGCCGCUGAAAAGGCAAGCAAGGGCACGGUGUCUGCGGCAUCUGCUAAGCUGCCCAACGACCACGCCGUCUUGGUGCGCUUGGCCGCCACGAUGGAUAUUGUUGCGGACAGCUAUGAGUGGUUCGGUGUCGCUGAGCAAGCUUUAGAUGCGAUCUAUGCUCUCUCAAAGCACCCCGACACCCUCUGCUCUGAGAUCAUCAGGAGAAAGACCAAGGAUGUCUUCGCACCGCAGGGAAGAAGACCUGGCACAGCGAGUUCGCAUAAAACAGACCCGGACAGGAUGGAGACCGAGGAACGGCCAACCAGCCGCGAUUCGCAGCACAGCUCCCAUCACGAUGACAAGGCACAGAAUGCUGCUCUUGCCCUGUCACAGUUGCUGUUCAUCGUUGGGCACGUAGCAAUCAAACAGAUCGUUCACCUGGAGCUUUGCGAGCAAGAUUUCAAGAGAAGGAAGGCUGAAAAGGAGAGAGCCAGCGGCGGCGACAAGCGGAAGUCGGUAGGGCCUAACCCAUCAACGGGCAAAAAAGGUGCGAAAAGAGCAUCGGCGGUACAGGAGGAACAGGACGAGCUGGACCUCAUGGCAGGCACAACCGAAGACGAUUUCACAGAAGCUCUUGCGCACAUCCGGGAGCGGGAGCUGCUCUAUGGGCCGCAGUCACUUCUCUCAAGCUUCGGCCCGCUUGUGGCUGAAGUGUGCGCAAAUAAUACGACGUACGCGGACAGCAUGCUGCAGUCACAGGCGGCUCUUUGCCUGGCCAAACUGAUGUGUGUUAGUUCGGAGUACUGCGAAAAGAACCUUGGUCUUCUCCUCACGAUCUUGGAACGCAGUAAAGAUCCCGUGGUACGCAGCAACUUGGUGGUCGCUCUUGGCGACAUGGCAGUCUGCUUCAAUCACCUGAUUGACGAGAACACGGACUUCCUGUACCGUCGGCUGAACGAUCGAGAGGCUUCGGUGAAACGGACGUGUCUCAUGACGUUGACUUUCCUGAUUCUUGCGGGGCAGGUCAAGGUCAAGGGUCAACUCAGCGAAAUGGCAAAGUGCCUGGAGGAUGACGAUAAGAAGAUCGCGGACAUGUCACGCAUGUUCUUCAGUGAGCUUGCUACCAAGGACAAUGCGGUGUACAAUCAGUUUGUGGACAUGUUUAGCGUGCUCAGCGCGGAUCCAGCACUCGAGGAAGAGUCCUUUCGGCGCAUCAUCAAGUUCCUCGCGGGCUUUAUUGAAAAGGACAAGCAUGCAAAACAGCUUUCAGUCAAGCUUGCGGCGCGUUUGCCGAGGUGCGAGAACCAGAGACAGUGGAACGACGUGGCUUUCACAUUGGGGCUGCUUCAGCACAAGGACGAGGAAAUCCAGAAGCAAAUCACGGAGGGGUUCAAAGUGGUGCAUGCUGCGGCAUAG